GUGGGGGUUAGCCAGGCUGCCAGUGGGGGUAACAUACAAUGUAGGAGCUGGAGAAGAAGAUAGAGGGACACUAAAGACACCUAGAACACCAAACCCCACCUUCGGUUUCUCUGCUUGUUCCCUACUUCCGUCUCCUUGGACCGCUCACUCACCGCACCGCUGGAGGGGAUGAACUUCGCCCUCAGGCCUCCAUCCUCAGGCAGAUCCGGGCCCGGUGGCGGCAGAGGAGCCACCAUGGAGAACCUGGAGAAGCAGCUGCUCUGCCCGGUCUGCUUGGAGGUGUUCUCCAAGCCCGUGGUCAUCCUGCCCUGCCAGCACAACCUCUGCCGCAAGUGUGCCAGCGACAUCUUCCAGGCAGCCGACCCUCUGUGGCGUUCCCGCGGCUCCUCCAGCACGGGCUCCAGCGGCGCUCGCUUCCGCUGCCCCUCGUGCCUGCACGAGGUGGUGCUGGAUCGCCACGGGGUCUACGGCCUGCAGAGGAACCUGCUGGUGGAGAACAUCCUGGACAUGUUCAGACAGCAGGAGUCCUCCAGGCCUGUGAACAUAAAGCCAGAGCAGAAGCUGCUGUGUGAAGAACACGAAGAGGAGAAGAUCAACAUCUACUGCCUGUCCUGUGAGACGCCGACCUGCUCCAUGUGCAAAGUGUUUGGAAAGCACAAAGACUGUGACGUGGCGCCGCUCAGCAGCGUUUACGCGAGACAGAAGGCCGACUUGAGCGACAGCAUCGCGACGCUGGUCGCCAGUAACGACCACGUUCAGGCCGCCAUCACUCAGAUGGAAGAAAUGUGCCGCACUGUCGAGGAGAACGGCCGGCGGCGGAGGGAACAGCUGGCCGGCCGCCUUGACGGCCUGGCGGCCAUCUUGGACGAGCGGAAGCGGGAGUUGGUGGGGCUCAUCGCCACGGAGCGGGACGGUAAACUCGGGCGCGUUCGGGGUCUCGUCGGCCGCUACAGCGAUCGGCUGGAGGCCGCGGUGGCGCUGGUGGAGUCGGCCAUUCGGUCCAACGAAGAGACACGCGCGCCGCUGUUCAUACAGAGCGCCAACGUCAUACUGGAAAAGAUAGCAGUGGCAGCGAGAUCGUCCCACGCGGAGCGUCCCGAGCUCCACGAGGACGUGAGCCACUUUGUCAUCGACACCGACGACCUCGCCGACAUGCUGAGAAACAUCCGCUUCCCACCAGGUGACGGAGAUGAAGAUCCCGAUGAAUGCGGAGAAGACUCAGACCUCUAAUUCCGCUCCAGAUUUUGAGACCAAAACAGAAAUAUUUGUUGUUUUCAGUGACUGAAGGGAAGAGUUGGAUUUUUCUAAAGGUCAAAAAAGUAAGAAUGAUCCGACAUCCUCGGGUGUUUGAAUCUCCCCGUCAACCUCUGAUGAUAAAUUGAUCAGCGUUUUGCGUCAGACUCCUCUCAUUAAUAAUUCGGCUUCCAGUCAUCAGCUGGGAAGGAUGCACCUGAAGGCCUCAUGUCAACGGUUUAUUCUCAAACACACACUGGACACCUGCUGUUGUCCAUCAUCAGAUUGCUCAUUUGUCAUGGAGACACACACGUUACAAUUCAAGACGCUCCAAGAAACAAAGAAACAUAUUUCAAAGAACCCUUUACGUCAUAUUGUAAUAGUAUCUAAAUAUAUUACACAAAACAGAUAAAUUACACCAUUUAGUAUAAAUACGUACCUCUUUAUUAACUCCGAUAUGAUGACUUACUUGUUAAUGUUUGUUUUUUUGCACUUCAAAAUAAAUUUGGUUAAUUAUCCAUG